AUGCAUUAUGGGUUUAAUCCUCUUACCCUAUUAGACUUAGUACCCUUAUCCACUUCUAAUGAUAUUAUGCAUAGGGAUGGGAAGGCUAAGGCCGAAUAUGUGCAAAGCCUACAUGAGAGGGUUAGAGCCCAAAUAACUAAAAAAAAUGAGCAUUAUGCUAGGUUAGCUAACAAGAGAAGAUGUGAGGUAUCGCUAGAUAUAGGAGAUUGGGUUUGGCUUCAUUUGAAAAAGGAAAGGUUUCCCUCUCAAAGAAAGUCCAAACUAAGCUCUAGAGGGGACGGUCCAUUUCAAAUAGUGGAAAAGAUCAACAAUAAUGCAUAUAAGUUAGACUUAUCCAGUGAGUAUGGAGUGAUUGCUACUUGCAAUAUAUGUGAUCUUUGUCCUUAUUUUGCAGAUGACCGUGAGGAUGAUGAUGGUUUGGAUUUGAGGACAAAUCCUCUUGAAGAAGGAGGGCAUGAUGAGGACCUCACUAGCUUGUAG